AUGCCGUACGACGCGACGCAGUGGCUAGUUGACCGCGCGAACAUCCAUGACACCGUCAUCGCUCUGAUGCUCUACGUGGACACCCGGCAGUUUGACCGGGUUGCCAGCGAGGUUCUGGCCACAGAGCUUCUUGUGGACUACACGUCGUUGCUCGGGGGCGAGCCGUAUACCAUAUCCAACACGGAGCAGGCGAAGAUGUGGGAAGGGAUGCUGACGAAGCUGCAUGCGACUCAGCAUGGUAUUCUUUCUCCCCUCGUCGACCUUGGCCAGCCCUCGGCAGAGCGGGAGGCUCCUAAGACAGCGACCGCCCUCGUCAACGGCGGAGCGACGCUUGUGCGCAAGUCGGCAGACGACGAGACCAUAGUGCAGAAUGGGGGUCGUUACGAGUUGGAGCUGACGCGUACGGCGACUGCGCCUGGCACGAAUCCAUGGCGCAUCAGCAAGAUGAAGGCAAUCGGGAUCUGGUCGAAGGGCGAUACCCAGGCGAUGGUGGGUGACUCGACAGACAAGGCGUAG